UCUCUCUCUCUCUCUCUCUCUGAGGCUUAAGGUAGAAGGUUAUAUUUUGUAUUCAUGUCACCUGUAAUGAGUCGAAGGGAAGAUGAUCCAUCAAUCGAUAAUACUCGAUACCAGAAAGGAGUCAGGCAUCUAUGUGAGAACGGGAUCACAAGCGUUCCCAGAAAAUAUAUUCUGCCUGUUUCAGACCGGCCCAAUCUGAAUGAGCGACAGAACCUUCAUGACCUCAAUCUCAAGCUGCCCAUUAUCGAUUUCGCUCAAUUGCAAGGUCCUGAGAGGUCCCAAGUUCUAAAGAACCUGGCGAAAGCCUGUGAAGAAUAUGGGUUCUUUCAGGUGACAAACCAUGGCAUUCCCAUGGGUGUUAUACAGAAGAUGAUCGAUGCGUGCAAAAGGUUCUUUGAUCUCCCCUUCGAGGAUAGAGCCAAGUACAUGUCUGCCGACAUGAGUGCACCUGUUCGAUAUGGAACCAGCUUUAAUCAGAAGAACGAUGGUGUGUUUUGCUGGCGAGACUUUUUGAAGCUAGUCUGCAAUCCUCUCUCUGAUGUUCUUCCUUAUUGGCCUACUUCUCCUGCUGAUUUAAGGGAAGCAGCAGUUACAUACUCCCAACAAGCCAAAUUCUUGUAUAUCAAGCUUGUGGAAGCCGUCCUAGAGAGCUUAGGACUGGUGGGAACCACCAUGAAAGAAGACGAAGACAAUGUCUGGAAGGAAUUCCAAGAUGGGAGCCAUCUCAUGGUUGUCAACUGCUACCCAUCGUGUCCCCAACCGGAUCUAACGCUCGGCAUGCCACCGCAUUCUGACUAUGGCUUCUUAACAAUUCUCCUCCAGGAUGAGGUCGAGGGCCUUCAGAUACAGUCCCAAGGAAAAUGGGUGACUGUUGAGCCACUCCCCAACUCUUUCGUUGUCAACGUCGGAGACCAUCUCGAGAUAUUCAGCAAUGGCAGAUACAAGAGUGUGUUGCAUAGAGUUCUUGUGAACUCUUCUAAGUCUCGCAUGUCGGUUGCUUCUUUGCACAGCUUUGGCUUCGACAGAGUGGUUCGGCCAUCAUCCAAGCUGGUCGAUGAGGCUAAUCCGAGGCGUUACAAGGAUACUGACUUUUCUUCUUUUCUUGAGUACGUAUCAUCUUGUGAGCCAAAGAGGAAGAAUUUCCUAGAAUCCAGGAAGUUGACUUCAGUUUGAGAAAUGGCAACCCAAAAGAAAAGGCCGACGUAGCUUGACUUUUGUACAACCAAACAACCAGCAGUAGCAAAUGGUUCAUUGAAAGGUGGAGAAAGUCCAGAUAAAUCUAAUAAGAGAGAGAAAGAGUCAGAGCAAUUAAUGGAUAAUGACAGCCAUUAUUAUUUUCUUCUUCAAAUCUUGUUUUCCUUCUUAACACUUGUAUCAAUACUGCAAAGAUUCAUGAUUAUCUGCUAACUAAUCAGUUUGUCUCAACACUAGCAGCUAGUUACAACCUACAACCAUGGCCGUCCUUAGUUGAGUUGAGCUUGAUGUUCUGGUAAUGAGAGGAAUUAAGUACAAGAUAUAUCCUACAAAUAACAAUUCAGAUGUACUUUCAAAAGGUUGAUCAGAGUUGUUAUCUCCACAGCCCAAUGGCCGACACUUGACUCCUAUUGAUCCAUAUGCAUUGACCAAGAGAGUGGAUAUUUAAUUAUAUAUACAAGGUCUAAAGUUUUUCAGUACUUUAUGUUAAUUUUCUU